AUGUCUUCUUUCACCGACAAGAUCAAGGCUGCCGUUUCGGGCGAUGUCAAGGAGGGUGCCAAGAUCCACACUGGCAUCAAGCUCAAGGAGAACAACCCUGAGAACGCCGACGUUUCGCUCGACGGUCUUUCGGGCAAGGCCAUCAUCGUUGGUGUUCCCGGUGCCUUCACUCCUCCUUGCUCGUCGCAGGUGCCCGGCUACAUCCAGCACGCCGACGAGUUCAAGUCCAAGGGUGUCUCCGACAUCUACAUUGUGGCCGUCAACGACCAGUUCACCGUCAAGGCAUGGAAGGAGAAGCUUGGAGGCGACAAGGCUUCCAACGUUCACUUCCUUGCCGAUGACACUGGUGCCUUCACCAAGGCUGUCGGCCAGGACUUCGACGCCAGCGGUCUGCUCGGCAACCACCGCUCCAAGCGCUACGCAUUCGUCGUCGAGGAUGGCGUCGUCAAGAAGGCGUACGUCGAGGACGAGGCCCCCAGCGUCACUGUCACCGCCGCCGAGAACGUUCUCAAGAACCUCUAA